GCGCGCGAGGCGCACGGAUGCGCAAGCGUUGGUAACCAUGUUCGUGCUUGUUGCAGCAGUGACGCUGGUGGUGCCAGCCGUGGCUUUGCUGCCACCCCGUCUGCUGUCCACCACAGUCGACGAACUCGUUAAGGCAGCAUCUAAUACCUGUGAGUCGCUCCCGCUGGACGCGCUAGCAUCUGGACAGAUUAUUCCUGAACUAAAGUUCUACGAAUUUACGCAAACAGGGAAGAGAAAAUAUUUAGUGUCCAAAGCACACACCAAGGGCUUUAGACCUACUUCGCAGCUCAUCAUAUACAUCCCGGGCUGGUGGAACACCCCUACUGAUGAAUCCUCCGACGCACUCGUCAAAGCUUUACUGACCAAGAACCCAACAGUUCUCAUAAUCGACACAAGAUCAUCCUUCCGAAGAGGAUACGUGUCCUCCGCUCUCCAAGUCGAUGGGAUAGCUAGUCGAUUGUUCAUAUUCCUUGAAAACCUUCAUUUUCAAGGCUACCCGAUAUCAAAAAUACAUUUAGUAGGAUUUAGUUUAGGUGCGCAUGUAGCUGGCAUAACAGGGAGACUAGUUCAACUAAAAUUACAUAAAAGUCUGGAGAGGAUUACUGCAUUAGAUCCGGCAAGACCGUGUUUCAUGAAGCCUUCCAAGUACAGACUAAAGAAAGAAGACGCGAGUUUCGUCUACGUUCUGCACACAAGCUCUGGCGUCGUUGGUCUAGAGGAACCAAUUGGUCAUGUGGAUGUCUAUGUUAACGGCAUAACCUCAAACCAACCCGAGUGCAAGGAACGUGCAAUUACGCUAGAAUGCGAUCAUGCGCUGUCGUGGAAACUUUAUGCCCUGUCUGUCAAGAACGAUAGCUUACUCGUAGGAAGUCAAUGUGUAACAUGGAACGAGCUCAAAAAUAGGAAAUGUAGAGGGGACAGAACUAAUGUAGGCUAUGGUUGCUCUUCACAAGCAAGAGGCCUUUAUCUUUAUACAACUCAGGAGGAAAACAGGAGACUGAACGUCUUUAAUCCUUUUGACAUCAAAACUUGGUUUAAUAGAUAACAUAACUUUGCUAUAGGUGUAAGUGAUCGUUAAUUUUAAAUGAAUGUAUGUAGGUAUGAAAAGUGGCACUCAUAACGGCUUUAAGAUCUUGAUUCCAAGAGACGCACCUACAUGCCCAUUAGGUUUCAUAGCCUGAUUUUUUAUAAGUUUCUAGUUUAUAUGAAUAAAACAAACGUGCCUCUCGCCAUUUCUAAUAAGCAAUAACAGUAAUGAGUUCUUACUUUUACAAAUAAUUUACCACUAUCGCUUCCAAACACGUACGACAGCAAACGGUAUUAUUAUAUUAAUAUGAUUGUUCAAUUAAUUUUGGCCGUAUUAUAUUUAUAUGGAUAGUUUUUUUUAUGAAUUCUAAAUAUUUAUAUUCAAUAACACCUGUUGGUCAUAUGAUACUGUAUAAAUCUAUUAGAAUACAUUUUGAAAAGUUGUGGCUGUGAUAGCCACAUUCGAUUCGAUUUAAAAUUUCAUCACCAACAAAUAAUAGUUUUUUAAUCUAUAACAUUCUGUUAUUAAAACAUUAUCUUGUGUAAAUUUAUUGUUUAUGAAAUCCCAUAAUGUUACUGAGUAAAGCGCCAUCUAUUUAAAGAAAGGUCACCACGAUUACCAAAAUAUAUUUGGCGAUCUAAUAUAUUUUGGUGAUUUACAAGUUUUUACCAAUAGAUAUCAAAGUUGUCUAUGUAACAAUUAAGUAUUUCUCUGUCUCACGUGUAUUGUGCACAAUGGUGAAGUUCAAUUUCUAUACUAGAUACUUAAAAACAUCCGUUUAUUUAUUAUUUACAACGCCAUCUAUGCAAUACAAGCGAAACGACCGCUGUAAGUAAUACGUUGUACACAAUACAUUCCUACAAUUUACUAGCGUGUUCAUAUAUUAAACACAGAUGUCGGUAGUAAUCUAAAAAAGACACUGCCAAUUUAGAUAAUUAUUUUUAUUUUAA